AAGAAACGAAACACGAUCUACGAGAGUUUUGUAUUUCAGUGGGGAGCGAUGGGAGGAGGAAGAAGAGAAGUACUGAGCGCGUACAGAGCGUUGCUUCGAGCGACUCGGAAAUCAUUCUCAGGUGACAAGCUGAUGCUGGCUGAGUCGGCAGUGGAGGUCAGGAAGAAAUUCGAGGCGAACCGAAACGUUACAUCCGAAGCUGAGAUUAAUAAGCUCCUUGACGAAGCCCGUGAUGCUUCCGAUUUCAUCUCCAACAUGAUCGUUCAGACCAAACUCAACUCUUCUGGCGGUGGUUACGUGAUUAAGCCUGGUAAAGAGCAUACUGGAGCAACAUUGGAGAUUCCGUCCGAGGAGCUUCUCCGAAAGACUUCAUGACGAGAGAAGAAACUGAUGGAAGUAACACUAUGGGAAGUUAUACAUUCCAGAUUCAAAAGCUUGAUUUGGUUUUAAGAAGAAAACCUUGAUCACAUUUCUAUGCAUUAUACUGUUGUAGGCAUAAGUGUCACAGCUUCCAAUCAAGCCUCCAUUUUAACUUUUUU